UCGGCCGGACAGUUCAGCGUCAUCGUCAUCGAGCAGGGGGGGACAGCGCAGGGGACGGCCCAGGGGUCACCCCAGGGGUCACCUCAGGGCGCACGGCCACAGGGAAACGUCCCCGUCAAGGAGGAGCCUCAGGAAUUGGCCAUCGGGGACCCCGGGGACACCAAGCCCGUGGGGCUGCUGCCCCCUCCCGCCGUGGGGGGUGUCCCCACGGAAGGUGUCCCCACGGAGGGGGGUGUCCCCACGGAGGGGGGUGUCCCCGUGGGGUGGAGCUGCCGGGUGUGCGGCCGCGCCGGGGCCGUGGUGAUGUGUGACCGGUGCCAGCGCUGCUUCCACCUGCAGUGCCACCUGCCCGCCCUGCUCGACGUGCCCAGCUCCGACUGGACGUGUUCGCUGUGCCAGGAGCUCCCCCCGCCCUCCGAGGCCCCCCAGGGCCAGGGAAUCCCCCCCCGGCUGAGCCCCCUGGACCAGCAGAGGUGUGAGCUGGUGCUGCUGGAGCUGCUGUGCCACGAGCCCUGCAGGGCCCUGCAGCGCCCGCGCGGCCUCGCGGAGGGGGGUCCCGCCCUGGACCUGACCCUGAUGAGGGCGAAGCUGCAGGAGAAGCUGAGUCCCCCCUACAGGACCCCCGAGGAGUUCGCCAGGGACGCCUGGAGGGUCCUGGGGCAGCUCCAGGGGACCACCGAGGACAAGGUGGGGCUGCAGUCCCUGCUGAGCGUCCAGAGGUUCCUCGAGAGCUGCCUGAGCCGCAUCUUCGGGGACAGGAAAUUCUGGGACCACCCAGGGACCCCCCCACAGCCUGAGCCCCCUCCCCAGGGGGGCUGGGACCACCCGGGGUCACCCCCAGCAUCCUGGGACCCCAAUUCGGCUACUCCGGGGUCCUGAUCCCCCUCCCUGGGGUCCUGAAACCCUCCCUGGGACCCCAAUCCCCCUCCCGGGGGUCCUGAAAUUCCCCCUGGGACCCCAGUUUCUCCUCUUUGGGACCCCAAUCCCCCCUCCCAGGACCCCAAUCCCCUUCACCAGGGUCCUGAUCCCUCCUCCGGGACCCCAAUUCUUGCUCCUUGGACCUAUAAAACCGCUCCCGGUCCUUCUUCACUGUGGGUCAGGAUUUGCCUGGCUGUGACCCCGUGGGAGGCCCAGGAUGGAGCGGGGUCCUGGCAGGGACCUGCAGGCCGUGGAGAGGGAAGCCCAG